AUGUUCACACUGUCACAAUCGAGGCCUGCACCCAUCCCUUGGCGCGCACCUACCCGUGCUGCUGCUGCUCCUCGUCGCUCCCGGCAUUUCGCGCUCCCUGAUGCGCCUCUGAUCGAACGAUCGGCUCUAUCGUCCCCGCCCCCGCCCCCGCCCUCUCCUCUCAGGCACACCCAGCCACAGAUCACUACACCAUCUGCUUCCGGCCUGCGGUAA